AUGACCAUCAAGCCAGUCAGUGCGCCGAGUGGCAAGCGCGUUGUCGAUGGGGAUGCCACCGAGGCUCACGUCUCUGGGCAGGUAGUGGUCGUCGAACAAUCGGUUGUCAAUCAAUCGCAUCGCAAUGUUGUCAUCGAUGGGCAUGGCCAGAGUCCACAACGACGCGGCGAAGUCUACGACGAACUGACACGCACACACCGCUGCAGUCCACACAAAAGUUCCCGCUCGAAGCGUCGCGAACACCAUGAAGGCCAUGCACACCAUCACAAACGUGAUCGUUUGGACCGUGAGAAGCUGAAUCUAAAUCAUGCAACUGUAGUUGGUGGCGGAGUUGCAGGCGUCAGCAACAAAUGCAGCAGUCCACUUUCAGUAGUCGGAGCUGCCGUGGCUGCCGGAACGGUCAACAGCAGCAAUACCACAGCUGUGGGUCGCAAAUCACCAGAGCAUCUGGGCUUGGGCUGUGCCAAUGUGCCGAACGCACAAACUCAGAUUUCACCGGCUGCUGCUGCAGCCAAUAUGCUGAAGGCCGUCGAAGAUACAUUCUCCGGUUACAAUAGCGGCGACGAGCACUUGCAGCCGAAGGAGCGCACCAUUUCGGUAGAGGAGUGGAAACGGCGCGACGAAGAGUUUGCCAAAUGCAUGGAGAAGCGCGGCUACGAACUGAGGGCAGUGGAAGAAGACGGGGCCUGCCUGUUUCGCUCCAUCUCUCUGCAGAUUUACGGAGAUGAGGGAAUGCACGAUGUCAUACGGCAGCACACAAUGGACUAUAUACAUGAGAAUCGCGAAUACUUUGGCCAGUUUGUCACCGAGGACAUCAAUGGGUAUAUUCAACGCAAGCGCGCCCGCGAUGCACACGGCAAUCACAUCGAGAUUCAGGCCAUAUCAGAGAUCUACAGUCGCACCGUCGAAGUCUUCUGUUAUCAGUCGACCCCAAUUAACAUCUUCAAUUCAGAGCAAUCACAAGCUGGCUAUCCGCCGUUGCGUUUGUCCUAUCAACGAGGCUCCCACUAUAAUGCUAUACUGGAUCCCUAUAAUGCCACCGUGGGCGUCGGCUUGGGCUUGGCUGGUUACAAGCCUGAGUUUCAGACCAAGGAGGCAGUGCGCCUAAGCGAACAGCUGGAAAUUGAACAGACAAUGUUUGAGGACAAGCUGAAGACAACAGACUGGGAAGCCACCAACGAGGCCAUCGAGGAGCAAAUCGCUCGUGAGUCUUAUUUGCAAUGGUGCCGUGAUAAUAUGCAGCGUUCGCGCAGCAACAAUACAGCCGCCGGCUCGGCAACAUCUUCAACUGUGACUUCGGCCGAGGCACUCACCGACUCAGACGCCUCGCCCUCCAAGUACUCGAGUGAUGGUGGCGGCAGCGGCGGUGGCGGUGGCAGUAGUAACAACAACAGCAACACAGCAGCCCCAAUUACCAGCUCCAGCAUCGGCGACGGCCCGGCCACCGUUUAUACACUCUCGCCUAAAACACAAUACGCACACAAGCUGCCGCCCGAAGUAAAUGAACUGGGCGGCUACGAGAGUGACGCAACUGAUAUGAGCAGCACCAGCUCCGUGGGUCACUGUGGCGGCAAUGCCUCGCCCAACACAGCCGUAUCGCAGCGCUCCAAUAAACUGUCCAAAACACCGCGUCGCAGCAACAACCUGCGCAACAGCAAGAAACGCCGCCAUGAAGUGCGCGAGCCAGGCAAUAGUUUGGAAACACAUGUACAUGAAACGCCACAGCGUAAGAGUCCGAAACGUGAUGCUGCUCCAGCAGUGGCUAGGGAACGCACUCCGGAAGCAGAGCAACAGCCAUGCACUUCCAAGCAGUCGUCGCAGUCACCGCCCAAACGCGUGGAAACCAAGUCGCCACCCAAGCAGAGCUACUCGAGCUUUUAUCAGGAGCUGCUAGAGGCUUCCUAUGCCAACGACGGCAUCAAUGAGAACGAGAUGCUGCAGCAAGCCAUCCAAAUGUCUACGCGCGAUUAUAUGGAUGACCAGAAGCGUAAAUAUUUGUGUGGCCCAUAGGUCUGCUCCUGGCUAGGCGAAAGUGUUCCCCGUCGCUCUAUUGUACAGUGAUUAAAUUUCUCUUUACGCAACGAAAUCGAAACACAACAAAUCAACCAAAAA